UAAAACUUGCUUCAAAUUGAAAACAUCCAACUGGAAAAGGAGUUUUAUUUGACUGUUAUUUUUAAAAUAUGUUAGUGUAUGGUGUUGUAACUUAAUACAAAAUGAGGAAUUUCAUGACAAAGAAUUCUGUAUUUUACUUACAGAGAGAAGCUUGGGAUGACAUAAAAGAAUACAAAGAAAACUUCAAGGAAGUUAUUAGAGAACGGGAAAAGAACCGAAUACCAUUUUUUCAUCAAUCCCCUCAGUUCACCUAUCGGGGACAUCUUGUGGAAUACCUCAAAAGGAUUUGUAUAGAGAGAAAUUUGACACACUGUUGUUUGCAUCUAGCUGUUUAUCUACUGGAUAUCUUCAUGGAUAACCAUUCAAUAAUACCUGAACGUGUAUUACUUGUCACUAAUGUGUGUUUACUCAUAGCAGCAAAAUUUGAGGAAAACAAUGUGACAAUCCCAAAAAUUUCUGAGCUCAAUGCAGCCAUUAACAACCGUUAUCCAAUCAAGGAGUACAAGAAUUUGGAAAUAGUUAUGCUGCAGUUCUUCCAUUGGUAUAUAAUGUUUCCGACAGCUGCUCAUUAUAUAUAUUACUACAUGCAAUCAGUAAUAUCAUUGGAUGACAUAGAAGAUAAUAAAAAUAUCAGGACCCUUUUUUUCAACCUGCAUGACUGCAUUACUGACUAUUUAGAUCAGAUCAUUGAGAAUGUUCAUUAUAUGCAAUGUUAUCCCCCAUCAAAAUUGGCUGCUGCUAUUAUUGCUGCAAGCAGAAUGGAUAUGGGAUUGAGCGGUUGGACAGAGGAGCUACAAAAUUUGACAGAUUAUAAAAUGGAAGAUGUGCAGGCACCUACAUUUGUGCUAAAAACAAAGCAUGCUUUUGUUCACUGUCAAAAAUGCAAAAUCGAAAAUAUAAUGUAAGAUGGGAAAAGACGAUCAACAUGAAUUCAUUUUUUAUUUUAAAUUCAUUCUGAGAUUAUGGUUUCUGAUUCAUUGAGUUUUCAAAUUUUUAUUUGUAUAACCACAAGAAAAUCAUUCACUUUCAUACAUUAUAAUAUAUGUUAAUAUAUAAUAUAAUUGUUAAUGGUUUAUUGCAUAAAAUAAAUCUGGAUGAUUCUUU